AAGGCCACCCCCGGCUAUUUUCCUGGCUCUUUUUCUUCUCCCUCUGACUUGCUGGGCUAAGAUGAUGAAUUCAACAUUUUUGAAUUCGCCUUGCAAUGCUGGACCGAUCAAGUUUGACUGUGUCGGUAUCUCAUUCACUCCAGCUGGCUUAGCGGACUGCAGUUUCUCCUGUUUAAGGCCAUCUUCAUCAGUUAGACUAAGACGUCGAAGCUAUAAAAUCAGAGCAAGUGAUGCAGAAUAUGAAACUGCUGUUGUGGCAGGAAACAUGCCCGAGGCAUCCCAGGAUGAGAGGGGAAUUAUGUGUGAACCUUGCGGGGGCAGAGGAUGGUUAGUUUGUGAUUUCUGUAAAGGACAGAAGACUAAUGUCAAAGCGGAAAAUAGGAGGAUAUAUCGGCGAUGUCCAUCUUGUAGAGCUGUUGGAUACAUCCUCUGUUCGAAAUGCAAAGUUUUCAAGUGUGUCACAUUUCCAGAUGCUAGUGAUGGUGUGGAUCUAGUUCUGUGACCCUAAAGUUCAUUCCAAUUUGCUGGUGCCAUUUGGCAUACUUUUCCAGUUAGAUUCAUUUAGAGUCAUAUUCAAGAACCACAGAUUCCACUUUAAUUCUCUUUUACCACCUCACUUCAGAAAUUUUUGGCUACCUCUAUUUCUAGUCCUUUAUAAGUGGUUUGAGGGAUUUUUGGGUGGGAUAUUAUGUAUAUUGGUAGCAAUGUCUUGUUAAAACAUAUUGCAACUAUUGUAUAGUCUUUGGGUUCUCUGCAGUUGUGCAGAUAAGCCAUGAUAGACUCCUGAUCUCCUGACUACAUUAGUUUUACAAGUAAUUAGCAUUUGGUCUUUUUGAUA